GAUUUGCCUCAUUUGGUUGACCAAACCAAAACCACAAUGAUGACAAUUAAAUCAUUAGAUGAUGCCAACCACUACAGUUAUAAGCCAAAUACUAACCCCACAAUUAGUAUAGAUAUAGAUGACAAGCAACUGAAAACGAGCUCUCCACUACUCUAAAUCAACUGAAAAGUUUUUUUCCAGUACACCCAAGGCCACCCACGUAUAUAUAUGUUUGUGUUAUGGCUAUCUUGAUUGCAUUUAUAUUAAUGGAUAUGGAGCAUCAACAACAAAGGAGCAACGAAGGCAAACACAGAGAGAAACACAUAAUGAAGAAUAGGUCCAAGUUUGUUGGAGUAAGACAAAGGGCUUCAGGGAAAUGGGCAGCAGAGAUAAAAGACACACAGAAGAACAUUAGGAUGUGGCUUGGUACAUAUAAAACUGCUGAAGAAGCUGCUCGUGCUUAUGAUGAAGCUGCGUGUCUCCUUAGAGGUUCAAACACUCGUACAAACUUCUCUACUAGUAAUUCCAUUCCUACUAAUUCUCCUAUAUCUCUUAAACUCAAAAAGCUCCUUCAUCGCAAAUCCAUCUCAAAUCAAACUCAAACUCAAUGUCAAAACCAGUCUACUAUGACGUGUUCUUCUUUUCAAGGUGCUCCUAUUGAUAAUAGCAUCAUGGUAAUGGAAAAGGAAAACAACUCUUCAUGGAGUAGUGAAGAGUCAAAGUCUUUGUUUUGGGUUCAGAACCAAGUUUCUGAAAAUAUUAAUCAUUGUGGGGUAGAUAUGAGUAUGAUAAACUGCGAAUUGGGUAUUUCACCAAAUACAUUGGAGUUUGAUUAUUCUUGGUCUUUUCCUCAACAAAGGAUUAACGAGUUAACAACAUCAAAAGAUGAUAUGAAUGUAUAUGGUUUGAAUGAGUGCUAUGUGGAGGACACGCACGAAGCUAAGUAUGAAUAUGAUGUCAAUUAUCCUCUUUCGCACUUGUUUUGUUUUACUUGAGAGUUCCGAGUAAUCAUGCUUUGUAAUAUUGAUAACAUACUUGGUUGUUCUGGAGUACUAUUUAAUUGAUUUAUCUUCACUGCACA